AUUAUUUCAGAAUAUUUCUGUUUUUGUUUUACACUCUCUGAGUCUCGUCUGUACAAAGUCCAGUUGCUGAUUGCAGUUAAUUAACUGCCUAAUCCAACGUAUCGUUGAUCCGAUAACCAGCGGAUUAUCGUGGUCCAUCGAGGCACGCGCCUGCAGCUGCGCAGACCAUGCAGAAUGCAGGCGAGUCUGUACCAACAGCUGGCAGCAGCAACACGAAUACUCCAGCUGACAAGUGCAAGGGAAUCCGCAGUGCCAUGCAGAAACUGGACUAUUCCGUCUCCGCCAUGGACGGUCCCACGGUGAAACGGUCCACCUCGGUGACGUUCGAGGGGGAAGGCAGCGGCAAGUAUGACACGGAGACGGACAGUUUGUACGAGAUGCUGCAGCAGCUGGAUCUGGACAAGAAGGAUGUGCUCUUCCUGGGACGCGUUGCUGAGUAUCAAUGGUUCACGUGGCUGUUGCGUAAGGUGCGCUCGCUGGAGAUUGUGAAAACGGAUGGCCCGCAGGGAUCGCGUGAGCGCCGCAACAGCAGCACGAGCCUGAAGGGCGGCAGCGCCGAGGGCGGCCGGGAACGGCAGCGGUCCGGCUCCGGCUCGUCGGAUGUCUGCCCUAUCAGCAGCGCGUCGAAACGCACGCCCGACAGCAAGGAUGUGCUGGUGAUGAACUGCACCGGGAACACGACCACCUGGACACAACUGGAGGAGCUGCUGACCAAUGCACUGCGGACACUGCGGCCCGGCGGCUUCCUGCUGGCCCGCGAAUGCCUGGCGUCUCCCUCCGAUGCAGACGGUCAACGCGUGAAUUACAACGAUCCCGCCGAAACCUACGCCUUAAUCCGUGAUUUAUCCUUCGUGGCGGAAGACACGCAACGUUACGGCUUCAAGCUAGCCUACGCCGUUUCGCCGGAUCCGCAAAAAGUACGGAAAUAAAUUUCGAGAAAUAAAUAUUUUUUUUGGAAACAAGUUAGCAUUUAUUCUCUCAACUAAAUCAUUAUUAACAAAAAUUUUAACUAAUUAAUUUAUCUGUAAUUUAAAAAAAACCAGGUAAAUCGAAAAUGC